GCAUGCGCAGUGUAGCCCGUUGCUAAGCGUUGAAACUUUGCGGCACAACUGCGCUGCACCGCUCAGCUGCGUUUCUAUGAGAGGCCGAACAGAAGUGUUUAAAUGCGGUGGUACGGGUUUGGUUUCAACGCGUUUGGACAGAUUUAUCUCAAUGAGAAGUUAAUUAAAGGCGAGUGUAGCGAUGGUGCUGACGAGUUGAAGGUGAUUAGCCCCACCGAGCUAGCUAGAGAUGAGUGCUGCGUGAAGACUGUGUGUCAAAUCAGAGCAAGUUGGAGUCGGAGAGCAUCCUUGCAUUUGGAUGGUGACAGCUGUGUGUGUCUGGCAGGUUUCCUGUCAGCCAGUAAUGAGUCCAGUGGUGUUUCAGUGAAAGACACCAGGGGCUGUAAAGAUGCCUCCAUCAGUGAGUCAUACCUCACCCUCGCUUUCCCAGACAGGAUUGAGUGCUGGGAUGUGCAGAAGGAAGAAAAUACUCCUUCAUGGAGCAUGGAAAUAACACCUGAGAGCUCUGGACCGUCUUUGGAUCUCCCUCUGGUCCCUGGAGGUUACAUAGCCACAAAACCUCCCUUCUACCGCUCCUUAUCACCACACCUGAAGGCCAAGAGUCUGGCACUGAGUGCAGGACAUGCCAUCCUUCUCAGUGAAUCUGGAGCUGUGUACACCUGGGGACUGGGCAGCCAUGGUCAGCUGGGGCACGGAGGCCUCUCCUCUGAGGAGGAGCCCAGGACAGUGGAGGCACUGUGGGGGAUGCCCAUGAGCGGUGUCGCUACAGGAGGCUGGCACUCUGUCUGCAUUAGUGAUGGGGGCGACCUUUAUGUGUGGGGAUGGAAUGAAAGCGGCCAGCUCGGACUUCCGUCACGAGGUCUGAGGAAAGCACCACAGCAGCAACGCAGCCCACAAGCAGGAGCACGGUGCCAGGAUCCUGAUCCCUGCACGUCUCUCACUGAGGAACCACCAGAGGGAGAGAAACAGGAAGAGGUUUUCAUAUCGAUCCAGGCGUUCCCCGCUCUGCUGGACAUCACUCCGUCAUGUGAAAUCAAGACAGUCAGCUGUGGCUCCCGUCACACCGCCGCAGUAACAACCACAGGCGACCUCUACACUUGGGGCUGGGGUAACUACGGCCAACUAGGACAGAGGUCUCUAACCAGCUCAGAUGAGCCCCAGCGCGUGGAGUUCUUCAGGGAGCAGCAGCUGAGUGUGGUUGAUGUUGUGUGCGGGGCGUGGAACACUUUUGUUGCUGUUGUCAAGGAAGUAGCUUAAAAAUACCAUGAAAUCCCUUUGAUCAACAUGAACACUGGGCCUUGGACACCAUACCAGGAAGUGUAAAUGAUCACAACAAAUACAACUGGAUUAAAUAUAUUUUGUAAUAUA